UUGCUGGCUAUACUGACAGAGAAGUAUCUUGGUUUUCCUUCUUCGUUGUUUUACUCGGUCUCUCCAAGUAAACGUCCGGGUCUUCUAACAUGUUGAUUCUCGUGAUUUUGUAUGACUUCUGGUUGUUGCCUGCACCAUUGUGUAAUAUGAUUGUAUACAUACGAAAGUUUGAAAGCCAUGUGCAAAUAACGGACCGGUGUGGAUCUUGGAAAAUUUCCAAUUGUGCGGAGAACGUUGUUUCGGGCGCUGCAACUUUAGCACACUGUUGCCGGGAUACGUAAAAUUGCGUUUCUUUUUGCAGCACUAUAUUUACCAGUAUUAUUCUCCCAUCUAACGGAGAUUUGCUCAACUUCUAACUAUAUAUACCUUGAUUAGAAUAUUUCUAGACGUCUACGUACAUAUUGGUUUUCUUUUACAACGUUUCGUUUCUUUUUAAAAAAGUUUCGUAGGUCUUGUUUUUCUACCUUCUGUCUAAUCUAGUCUCAAGAUGGAACGCCGAAGGCAGAAGGUUUGCUAGACGAUUAAGCUGUGCAAGAAUUACAUGUAGAUCGCUUGUCAGAUGUUCUAAGUGAUUGUGAAAGUGAUAAAAGUGUAAUGAUAAAUAAAUAAAUAUAUAAAUAAAUAAAUAGAUGGUGGUGACGACGAUGAAUUUGGAUCCUCAACGUCACAGAAAGGCAGAAAAUGGGCGAGGUUGAAGAUGGUCUGCUGCAGCUACAGAUAUGCAAUACAAACUUCCUCGCCUCACUAGUUCCUUUCGAGCAUUUUCUGGUUUAGCUCGGCCAAAUGAUUCAAAGUUACAUGAAGAUAAUAUAGAGUCAUACCGACAAUGGAAGGCAAAUCAGUUAAAAGAGGGUCUCACCUGGACAGAUAUACAACAUCUUGUAGAAAAAGAUGUAGGAUUAGAAGGAGAUAACGCAAAACAUUUGAAAUACCUUCGGACGCUGGCAAAUGACUUGACUGGUGGUGAACAGAAUAAAGAGACCAUAGAUGAGGCAGCUGUGUUUUUGCUGAGACUUUUUCUGUGCGAGACUCUUGUUUCACAAAAGCAUCUGUUGAUGCUUAAACAGAUGUUUGGUUCAGUCUCAUCAAACUUUGCAUGCAAAGUGCAGCAGUGUGUGUCCCACAUUGCAUCACAUUUGUCUGAUGAGUGCAUUGAGUAUGUGAAAAAUGGAAAGCAAUCACCAAAUGGACCACAGAAACAAUUUGGUGAGAAUGUUGAAUUUACCUUCCAGCAGUCCGAACCUUCUUAUCCUAGUACAAGCUCUCUUGUGGAUCUUGGUGUGGCUAGAGGUAGCAAAAUAUUGAAGGACUUCUCAAUGAAGUAUGACGAUAUUGCAGCAUUAAUAACAAGCAAAGAAGAUAUUAAGAAAAAUCACAUUAAAAGGAAUGGGUUUGGGAAAUCAUGGUUGGAAAGUGAAGUGCAGAAGUAUUACCAAGCAAAUAAUUCAACAGGUCUGUCAGCUGAUGAAUAUGUAGAGACCAUAAUUGUUAUGCUGAAGUCGGGUCGUUCAGAUGAUGAGCUUCAAAAUGAGCUGUUUGACCUAUUGGGCUUUGACAGAUUUGAGUUGAUUCAGUCACUUCUAGAACACAGAAAAGACAUUGUACAUAAUGCCUCUUUUUCAGAGGAGAAGAAAUGUGUUUCAUCAAAGUCAGCUCCUGACCAAAGAAGACCAAAUUAUGGAUGUCAAGUUGUUGUGCAAUCAGAGCAAGAAAAGUUGCUGUUGAAACAAGUUCGCAAAGAAGAGAAAAAAGUUAACAAAUUUGUGAAUCGUAAUGAUGAAGAGGAUGCUGAGGAACCUGAAUUUAAUCCUAUUGAACUAAGAGCAAAAAGGCAAGCAACAUUAAAGGCUGCUAUGAAUGCUCCAAUACUCCGAAACCGGGCGAGGGCAGCACAGUUGCAGGAGAACUAUCCCCAUGUGUAUGAUUCCCAGAAACAAGCACAGCAGACUUCAGGAUUCAUAGCUGGUGUUAAAAUGAUGAUGUCUGCUGAUGUCAAGAGGACUAAUACCAAGCAAUAUGAGGAAAUUAAUAUUCCAGUAUCAGAACCAGCACCAGUCUCUGUAGGAAAUAAUUUGGUACCAAUUUCUUCAUUGGAUGAGGUCGGCCAGAUGGCGUUCCAAGGUGUGAAGACACUGAACCGAAUUCAGUCUGUUGUGUUUGAUACAGCAUACCACACCAAUGAAAAUUUACUGAUAUGUGCACCAACAGGGGCAGGAAAAACCAACAUAGCCUUGCUCACAGUGGUGCACCAGAUCAGGCAAUUCAUUGACCAAGGUGUUAUCAAGAAGGAUCAGUUCAAAAUAGUAUAUGUGGCACCCAUGAAAGCUCUGGCAGCUGAAAUGACACAGAACUUCAGCAAGAAGUUGAAUUGUCUUGGGAUAUCUGUGAAGGAACUAACAGGAGACAUGCAGCUGACAAAAUCAGAAAUAAUGCAGACACAGAUGCUUGUCACUACUCCUGAGAAGUGGGAUGUAAUCACAAGGAAAGGAACAGGAGAUGUUGCAUUGACAAAUCUGGUCAAAUUGCUCAUCAUUGAUGAAGUGCAUUUAUUACAUGGAGACAGAGGUCCAGUUGUGGAAGCACUUGUUGCAAGAACUUUGAGACAGGUUGAGUCAUCACAGAACAUGAUUCGUAUUGUGGGUCUUUCAGCCACUUUACCAAAUUAUCUAGAUAUUGCAAGAUUUUUGCGAGUGAAUCCGUACAUUGGUCUCUUCUACUUUGACUCACGUUUCCGUCCAGUUCCUCUUAGCACAACGUUUGUGGGUGUAAAAGCAAUUAAACCACUGCAGCAGAUGAGUGAUAUGGACGAUAUAUGUUACGAAAAAGUUGUGGACAUGGUGCGGAAAGGACACCAGGUAAUGGUUUUUGUACAUGCCCGUAAUGCUACGGUAAGGACAGCAAUGGUACUGAAAGAGAAUGCUGUGCAGUGCAACCAACUGAAGAUUUUUGAACCAGAUGAAAAUGGAGCUGUUGGACAGGCAAAGAAGGCAUUGAGCCGGUCACGUAAUAAACAGCUUGCAGAGUUGUUUCCGUGUGGUUUCUCUAUACAUCACGCAGGAAUGUUGCGCAGUGAUAGAUCAUUGGUGGAAAAGUAUUUUGGUGAUGGCUUAAUCAAAGUAUUGGUCUGUACUUCAACCUUGGCAUGGGGUGUGAACCUGCCAGCACAUUGUGUGAUUAUUAGGGGAACAGAAAUCUAUGAUGCAAAGCAUGGCUCAUUUGUUGAUUUGGGGAUUCUUGAUGUAUUGCAAAUAUUUGGACGAGCUGGCCGCCCUCAGUUUGACAAGUCUGGACAUGGAAUUAUCAUCACAUCUCAUGACAAACUGACUCAUUACUUGUCUCUUCUGACGAAUCAGCUCCCUAUUGAAAGUAAUUUUAUUUCAUGUCUGGCUGAUAAUCUCAAUGCAGAGAUAACACUGGGAACAAUUUCAAAUGUCGAUGAAGCUGUGCAGUGGCUGAGUUAUACAUACCUAUUUGUUCGAAUGAAAAUCAAUCCUCAGUGCUAUGGUUUCAACUAUCAGGAUGCUCAUGAUGAUCCUCUGUUGGAGAAGAAAAGAAGAGACUUAAUUGAAUCUGCUGCUCGUGCCUUGGAUAAAGCAAGAAUGGUCAGGUUUGAACCUCGAACUGGAGACCUAAAUAUUACAGAUCUUGGUCGAACUGCUAGUCACUUCUAUAUAAAGUAUGCUACAGUUGAGGUUUUCAAUGACCACAUGGAAGAAAUAAUGACAGAAGCUGAUGUGCUCUAUAUGAUGUCACUGUCCCAAGAAUUUGAACAACUGAAGGUACGGGAUGAUGAACUUGAAGAACUAGAUGACCUGACCAGCAAGUACUGUGAAUUUGUGGUUAAAGGAGGCAGUGAAAACUUGCAUGGAAAAGUGAACAUAUUAUUACAGACAUUUCUGUCCCGUGGUCGAGUGAAUUCUUUUUCCCUCAUGUCAGAUCAGGCCUAUAUUACACAGAAUGCAGUUAGAAUAGCAAGAGCACUCUUUGACAUAGUGCUGCGGAAGAACAAUCCAAUCAUGGCUGGAAGGAUCUUGACAUUUAGCAAGAUGUUCGAGCAGCAACAGUGGGAUUUUGAAACACCCAUGCGACAGUUCCGUAUUCUUGGACCAGAGAUCAUUCAGAAAAUAGAAGAAAAGAAGCUUAGUGUUGACAAGCUAAGAGAGAUGGAUGUGAAAGAGAUCGGAGUAAUCCUUCGCCAUGCCAGAAUGGGCCAGACCGUGAAACACUGUGCACAGGAGUUUCCCUUGUUGGACAUGGAUGCUGUACUGCAACCAAUCACACGCACUAUUGUCAGGAUAAGGCUUAAUAUUAUUGCAAAUUUCAGGUGGAAUGACAAGGUCCAUGGGAAAACAUCUGAGGCUUUCUACAUUUGGAUUGAGGACCCUGAAAAUAACUACAUGUAUCAUUCAGAAUUAUUUCUGGUUACAAAGAAACAGGUUUUGUCAAAAGAACCUCAAGAACUAGUAAUGACCAUUCCACUGACUGAGCCGCUGCCUUCUUUGUACUGCAUUAGAGCUACCAGUGAUCGGUGGUUGGGAUCCAUGACGAGUAUUCCCCUAACCUUCCAACAUCUCAUUUUGCCUGAAAGCCAUCCACCGCACACUGAUUUACUGGAACUACAGCCAUUGCAUGUGAAAGCUCUUGAAGACCCUAGCCUGGAGGCUCUGUACCCAUUUGAACACUUCAAUCCUAUCCAGACACAGAUAUUCCAUUGCCUGUAUCAUACAGACAACAAUGUGCUGCUAGGUGCACCCACUGGGUCUGGUAAAACAAUUGCUGCUGAAAUUGCCAUGUUUCGGGUAUUCAGGGUAUAUCCAGGCAGUAAGGUUGUGUACAUAGCACCUCUGAAAGCUCUUGUUCGAGAACGUAUUGAAGACUGGAAAAUAAGACUGGAACAGAAAUUAAACCGGAAGGUUGUUGAAUUGACGGGUGAUGUAUCACCAGACAUUCGUGCCAUAUCUCAAGCUGAUGUAAUUGUAACAACACCCGAGAAGUGGGAUGGCAUAAGUCGAAGCUGGCAGACACGUAAUUACGUGCGUGACGUAGCACUUAUUGUGAUUGAUGAAAUCCAUCUCCUGGGAGAAGAUCGUGGUCCUGUACUGGAAGUGAUAGUAUCCAGGACCAACUUCAUUGCAUCACACACUUCUCGGACCCUCCGCAUUGUGGGCCUUUCAACAGCAUUAGCCAAUGCAAAAGAUCUGGCAAAUUGGCUUGGCAUUGGACAGAUGGGUCUGUACAACUUCCGUCCAUCAGUACGUCCUGUGCCACUUGAGGUCCACAUCUCAGGAUUUCCUGGCAAACACUAUUGUCCCCGUAUGGCCACCAUGAACCGUCCAACAUUCCAGGCGAUUCGACUACACUCACCAGCAAAGCCAGCUCUUGUGUUUGUUUCAUCUCGGAGGCAGACUCGGCUGACAGCGCUUGAUCUUAUUGCUUACCUCGCAGCAGAGGAUGAUCCCAAGCAGUGGCUCCAUAUGAGUGAACAGGAGAUGGAGCAGGUAGUUGCUGGUGUGAGGGAUACCAAUUUGAAACUUACAUUGGCAUUUGGAAUUGGUAUGCACCAUGCUGGUCUUCAGGAGAGGGAUCGCAAGACAGUAGAAGAACUGUUUGUCCAUCAGAAGAUACAGGUCCUCAUUGCAACUGCAACCUUGGCAUGGGGUGUAAACUUCCCAGCUCACCUAGUUGUGAUAAAGGGAACUGAAUAUUAUGAUGGUAAAACACACCAUUAUGUGGAUAUGCCCAUCACAGAUGUUUUGCAAAUGAUGGGACGUGCGGGUCGACCACAGUUUGAUGACAGCGGUAUUGCAGUUGUUCUGGUUCAUGAUGUCAAGAAAAAUUUUUACAAGAAAUUCUUGUAUGAGCCUUUCCCUGUGGAAUCAAGCCUUCUUGAAGUCUUGCCAGAUCAUCUGAAUGCUGAAAUUGUAGCAGGGACAGUGCAGACAAAACAAGAUGCUCUUGACUACCUCACAUGGACCUACUUCUUCAGGAGAUUGCUUCAAAAUCCUACAUACUACAAACUAGAAACACUGGAAUCAGAAGAUGUGAAUGAUUUCCUUUCAAACUUAGUGCAGCAAUCACUCAAUACUUUAGGAGAAGCAUAUUGUAUAUCAGUGGAUGAGGACUGCCGAGGAAUUCGUCCAACAUCCAUGGGUAGAAUUGCCUCGUUCUAUUAUCUUUCCCACCAGACAAUGCAACAUUUUCAAGAUAAUCUGAAGCCCAACUUGAAUUUGGAAGAACUGUUGAGGGUUCUAAGUGAUGCCUAUGAAUAUGAUCAGUUGCCAGUACGACACAAUGAAGAUAGUCUAAAUGGUGAACUGGCCAAGAGCUGUCCAUUGGCUGUAGAUCCAUAUUCACUAGAUUCGCCUCACACCAAGGCCUUUCUGCUGCUUCAGGCUCACUUCUCCAGACUUCAGCUACCAUGUGCAGACUAUCUCACAGACUUGAAGUCUGUUUUGGACCAGACUAUCAGGAUAUUACAGGCAAUGAUAGAUGUAUGUGCUGAACGUGGCUGGCUUGGAACCACACUACAUACACAACAGAUUAUGCAAAUGGUGAUCCAGGCUCGCUGGGUUCAAGAUUCUCCCCUCCUCACUCUGCCACAUUUAGAAGCAUGCAACAUGUAUCUCUUCAUGAAACGGAGCAGAAACCUGCAGACUCUGCCUGGCCUAAGAUCUUUUUCAUGUGAACAGUAUUCAUCAUUGGCCAACAUUUUGAGAGCAGAGCUGGAUGAAGAUGAAAUAGAACAGGUGCAUAGGGUUCUCUGUGAUAUGCCUGUCCUUAAUGUGGACAUUAGUGUUUGUGGAUGGUGGGAAAAUGAAAGCACCAAAAAAGAAAGACAUUUUAAGCAGCCUCCAACAAAAAGCGACUGGAUUCAAGUUCAUGCUGAUCAGGAAUACACACUUAUGGUACACCUGGAACGUGUCAACCGGGUAAGAGAUCUGAAAGUGCACAGUCCUCGAUUCCCACGCGGAAAAGACGAAGGCUGGUUCCUAACUUUGGGCAGUAUAGAGAGUGGAGAACUUAUGGCACUCAAACGAGUCUCUGCCGUGAGGGGUAGUGCGAAGUGCCAGCAGCUUACUUUCUUUACUCCAAAAACAACAGGGCGUUCGAUCAUGACCUUAUAUGUCCUUUCUGAUUGCUACUUGGGACUUGAUCAGCAGUAUGACCUGCAACUUGACAUCAUCCCAGCCAGCCUUCAGGCUCAAGCGAACACUGAUCUCAGGGACUUGGAAUCCAGCUCAGACUCUGAUAAAUUACAUGGGAAGGCUAUGAAGGAAUGUGGACAAGGACACUGAUGAAAAGAAAUGCAUAAAGGACUGUGAGUAACCCAUUCACUGCCGUGUCUUGCAAGUACUAAUAGUUCCUUGCAGGCAUUUCAUGGGAUUCUCUCAGUUUUCAGGGAAAAAGUGUAUGUCAUUUGAACUCAUGUUCUUUGAAUCUGGUGCUAGAAGUAUCUUUCAUGAUUAAUACAUAGACAGUCCCUGAUUUAUGUGAAGGUUUGAUUUGGAAAAUCCUUGUGUAAGUGAAAUCUUACAUAUAUUGAAAACUGCUGUUAGUAUUAUGUUCAUUGUAUUAUAUAAUUUGAUGGUACUCUAUAGGCAGUAUAAAAAUUAUUUAACAUUUGCUAUGUAUCAUAUUUCAUUGUGAUAGCUUGUUCGGAACAGUUUAUGCAUACAGAAUACAGGAAUAAUGCAUGGAUUCCUCUGUCAUGUAAGCAGCCUCAUUACCUGCUGACAUAAGUUCUUGCUUGUACCUUAAAUUUAUUUUCAGAGGCUUUCAUAUAAAAUCAGAUUUUCAGAAGUCAAGUCUUGCAUAACCCAGGGAUGAUGGUCAUUGUAUGGCUUGGUUUUGAGACACCCUCAUGACUGGCAGUGAUAACAGUUUAUUAUUGUAAGCAUUGAAUUCCAGACUAUUUGUAAUUAAAUUUUGUUCAUAAAUAGGGUGAGUAUAUCAGUUUAAUUAGUAACAGAUGAGCACAUAUCAGUAAUCAUUUCUCAGAAAAUGAAGCUUAUUUUUCAAUCAUCUCUUUAUUGCCAGAAACUAAUGUGUUUACAGUGAACAUGACAGAAUGCGAUAAAGACCUUUCAUUAUAUACUAUAAUAUUCUGACAAAUGAAAACUGAAUGUGAAAGCUAAGGUAUUUGAUAUAUUUUAUUGUGACUGAAACCAUUGCAGUAUUUACAUAUCAUGUUGUGAAAACCAUUCUAUAUUCUUUUGUAUAGGCUUUAUACAUAUAAUUUGCUUCAUUAUAACAUACUUCCUGCUACACAAGACAUAAUUUAAUCCGUUAUGGAGAAAUUUAAUUCUUAGACCUGUAAAAAUAGCACAUUGUGAUAAUUCAUUCCAGCAUCAGCUGGAUAUAUAAAUAUAUCUAACCUACUAAGGUUAAUUAAUUUUUUAAUUAUAUAUUGGAUUACUCUUUAUGUGUAUUACACCUAGUGUGAUACAUUUAUACAGUUUUUCAUUAUUGAUGUUAAUUGUACUCUUGUGUCUUUUUACCUUGUGAAUGUGGGCAGUGUUGCCUAUGUUUCAGAGGAGUAAGCAACCUCUAUCUUUAGGGAUGAAGUAAACUGGGUAUGUGGGUGUUUAUGUCUGUAUAGAUUUCAGUCCAGUAGGGUCAAUGGAUAGGGAGAAAUGUUAUAAAAUGUCACUUUUUAGGGCUGUCCGUACCAAAAAACCAUCAGCAGUCAUUUAUCCAAGUGCUCCCCAAAAUUGCUUAAUCUCUUCUGAUAUGGGUCGAGAAGAAUGGAAGGGGUCCAUGAGGUCUCUGUUGGUAGAGGUUAUGUUACAAUGGGACUGCAAAGGGAGGAAAGUGGGAACAGUGUAUCAUAGAGGACUUUCUGUCCUCCCUCAGUCUUCUUGACCCACAGCAGAGGAUGCAACAUGUUACACAUAGCUUUUUAACAUUAAGGGAGAUGUGUCAUUAAUAUAUCUUUAAAGGAUUCAGUACUAGACCAUAAGUGUAAUAUACUAUGUAAGUAUUGAAAGUAAAAUACAUUAUAUAAUUGUUUCCAAGGAUAAAUCACCUCUGAUUUGUCUUGAGAUCCACUGUCUUUUAUAUUUACUCUGUUGAAGACUAGUGCUAAAGGACCACUAUCAAAAUUUAAUGUAAUGGAAGCCUUCAUAAUCCAUAAAUUAAUAUAGUGAAACAAAAUUAACUUACUUUCCCAUGUAAUUGUAGCAUGUGCUCACAUUCUCAGAGAAGGCCAAUUUUGACAUGCCCUUUUAUCCCUCUUCAAUUUUUUUUGUUUCACUUUUCCAGUCCCUGGAGGCUGACCCCGAUAGCUUGACCUGACUUCUUUAUCUAACACAGACUUGUUUCUUUUUUUCUACUGAACUCUAACUUUCCCCCCUUCCUAGUUGAGGGGAUUUAGAUAUUUACUUAGAGCAUUGCCACUUCUCUUCAGCCCUUUCCUGUUGCCAAUCCUCUUUUCCUUGUUUUUUUGUAACUACAACUCAGGCCAUAACCCAUGUAUAAAGGAGAAGAUGUGUUAUAUUAAAUCUUCUGUUGUCACUUUACAAACAUUUUACAUGGUGAACACUGGGAUAGAUGACAUCUUGGAAACACUAGCAGCUAAUGGUUUUUUGGUGUGCUUGGCUCUCUCCAUUGCCCCAACAGAUGACCCACCCUACAUUUUUGAGUUAUCUCUGCCCUGUGAUAUACUGUUCCCCAGUUUCCUGUCUUCCCAGCCCUGUCAUAAUCUACCUUCAGUCAUUAGGGUUCCACUAACAUCUUCUACCAUUUGGCCCACAGCAGACCUUGAGGAACUUUGUGCUUGGGGAGAACUUUGAUGGGUGACUACUAGGGAACACCAGUUGCUGAUGAAUUUUGGUGCAUUUGGUGACCCUAGAAGGGAUGACUUGAUAAUUUUUUUCCAUCCACUCUCUUCAUUGGCCCUGACUAGGCACCAGCCCCCCAACCCUAUUUCUGCCAAAACCUGUAUAUACAUACACUCUCACCUUUUUCACUUCAGCCCUGAAGAUGGCGGCAACAUGUACAUCUGAAACAUCAGUAACAAUGAAUAUGAAAUCCUUAAACCACCAAUUCCUCAUUACUAGAAUUGUGUCUUCCCUACAGAAGUCGACCACUGAUCCAUAUCCAGAGCAAGAUGAAUCCUGACUGACUUCUUUAACAUGAUUUUACCAUCUGUGCCUGGGUCUCCAAAGUGGUGUUUUUCCAUAGAAUUUCAGACAAAAAUUUAUUAUGUAUUUCUCAUCCUCCCUAAUUUGUUCACCCUAAUAACACUAACAUUUGGUGAGGACUAUGAAUUAUGAAGCUUCAUAGUGUAUAAUUUCCUCCAUUAUUUUUCUCUUAGACCCAUGUAUUUGCAGUGAGCCAGCAGAUCUCAUUAGCAGUGACUGAGUAUGGGAGAGAUCACUGGUUCUCAGGCUCCUUAGUCUGAGGCUUUUGUGAUGUGAAUAAAAUAUUUUGAGCCCCCGCCUCUCAGAAUCUAUAAAAAUAACUUAAAAUAAGAUAUACCAGUCUCAGAGAAUAGUUACAAUUAACUUUAAUAUCUGUAAAAUGCUUCUUCUGUUAAAUUUGUACGUUUGUAAUUCAGGGUGGCCACAUAGUAUUAAAAUUAAUUCAUGUAAGAUUUGAGGUUUUCACAGUGGUGACAAGAUAUACAUGGUGCCACAUCCGAGAAAAAGCAUCCCCCACCAAGAAGAAGCUUAUAGGCCCCAGGGGUCAUAGCUUCAACCCAGGGAAAUGCUGAACUAGAUGACGGGUUCAUUCCCAGCAGACAGGAAUUUGUAGUCUUUGUCACCAUGUCCAGAGCUGCUCUGGUAUCCAUCCAACUUUCUACCUGAUGGGUACCCUAGAGAUAAAACACUAUAGCAUGUGGUUGACAGCUCACCUCCAUUCAGCCCAAGGUUAAGAAUGUGUGAAGCUAUACCUCCACACCCACAAUGUGUGUACAGGUGAGUGAUCAUCAAACCAUACGAGUUAGGGAGAACUCCCUUUGUAUGCAUGUGCAUAAUGCAAUGCAUGCUGCUCCACUUCUCUGCACUGUACUCAAUCAGGGUCAGUUACAGCUUAUCUAGCAAAUACUUCAUUGUUUUUAAAACUGACUUCCUUUGAUAAGCGUUUGGACCAAACAUAAAUUCACACACCUUUUCCAAC